GGCCUCAGGAUCCGUCACAAAGUAGGUUAACGACGCCCAAGCUAAAGGAAAGUUCUUUCGGGACAACUUUCACUGACCCUUGGACAGUUAAACGGAGGUGUAGAUUGUGUUUGUGUGGCUCGUUUCAGGCGAUGAGACCGAAGGGAAGAGGGGAGUCACUGUAAAGCUACUGUAAAAGAGGCCUGCCAUGUCCGGUCCCACCUGGCUUCCACCGAGGACUCUGGACAGCCCGGAGCGAGCCGUCCCCCAGAUGUCCCACUCUGCCGGGUCAGCAAUCUACAGAGCCCCCAACAAGAAGGGCGUGUCCGACUUCCGGCCAAAAUAUAGUUCCUAUGACCAGAAUGGAGGAGGAGGAGGAGGAGAGGUACCCAAUAGGUACAUGGCUACUGGACCCACAGGUGGACCCAUUCAUCAUCCGUCUGCUGAUCACUAUUACUCCCCUCCACAUGGUCCCAAGGAAGACCGCAACUGGAGCCCUCACAUGGACAGUUACGAGCUGAUGCAUCGUGGACCUGAAAAGCCAGUGAGCUAUCACUCCAAAAUCGACGCUGAUAUUGACUCCCUCACCAGUAUGCUUGCUGAUCUGGACAGCCACCCACAGGACUCCAGCACACAACUGUACGACAAUGUGCCUUACAACAAAUACCUCUCAGGGGAUCACUACAAGCCUGCACACCAGAGCGCAGCCCCUCCUCAAGGUCGGCCAUCCAUUGGGUACCCCCCUCACCCCCAGAACCAAUACCACCCAGCGCCCCCCUACCCCAGUGAGCACCAGACACCUCAGUACUCCACCUCCCACCAGCAGGACUACUACUCCACUUCAUCAACCCCUAAACCCUACCCUCAGCCCGUUCCAGCCUCCUACACCACUGCCUCAACUCCUACCGGGCCCAGGUUCAGUGUCCAGGUCAAGACGGCGCAACCCGUCACCUACUCACAGACAGGGAGGCAGGCUGAACAGGCCUACACCCCACCCCCUCCUCGCCAGCAUGUGUCACGCCCCCCACCCCAGACUCAGGCAAGUCCUCAGGGCUGGUACUCUCCACACCCCAGUUCACAAGCUCAAGAUUUGCACUCUGAGACGGGGUACAAGGGGAGCGGCUCAGGGUCCGGAGGAAGAGCCAACCAGGCUCCGAUAUCGAAGAGAGGGAUGGAAAGCAAUCAAACUGGGUCAGGAACUGCACAGAGUCCCGCUUAUCAGUCCAGCAAGCAGGGGAUAGCAACAACCAGGCCUGAGGAAGAGCUGGAUCGACUCACCAAGAAGUUGGUUUAUGACAUGAACCACCCCCCUGCAGAGGACUAUUUUGGCCGCUGUGCCCGCUGUGGUGACAACGUGGUCGGCGAUGGCAGUGGCUGUAUCGCCAUGGAGCAGGUGUUUCACGUGGAGUGUUUCACGUGUAUCACCUGCCACGCCCGUCUCCGAGGGCAACCCUUCUAUGCCCUGGACAAGAGGAGUUACUGCGAGAGUUGUUACAUCAGUACACUAGAGCGCUGUUCCAAGUGCUCCAAGCCGAUCCUGGACCGUAUCCUGCGGGCCAUGGGGAAGGCCUACCAUCCGCGCUGUUUCACGUGCGUGGUUUGUAACUGCUGCCUGGACGGGGUGCCCUUCACUGUGGAUGCCACCUCUCAGAUACACUGCAUAGAGGACUUUCACAGAAAGUACGCGCCUCGCUGCUCGGUGUGUGGUGAGCCCAUCAUGCCUGAACCAGGCCAGGAGGAGACGGUCAGGAUUGUGGCCCUGGACCGUAGCUUCCAUGUCAGUUGUUACGUCUGUGAGGAAUGCGGCCUCCUGCUGUCGUCCGAGGGGGAGGGUCGAGGCUGUUACCCCCUGGACGGCCACAUCUUGUGUAAGAGCUGCAGCGCCCGCCGCAUCCAAGACCUCUCAGCCAAAAUCUCCACUGACUGCUAACAAACCUCCUGCACCGACUCCACCUUUUCAGCACCCUCACGUAUCCAUGGAAGGUCAGCUUAUUACACACUGAUUGACUGGCAUCACCGACAGGAUAUGCCCCUGUUUUGUUCUGUCAGGUGAAUUACUUUUUGUUUUUUCCUCUGGUCGCUCUGGUCAUGAAUCACCAAACAUUGCUAUAGCUCCCUCUGCUGGUCUGUAGCUGCCAUUUAAUAUACAGAGGAACAUUUUCAGUUUUAGUGUUACUGAGUCAAAUAAGAGGUUUGCGAUGGAGCAACCGCCUUGCUAAUUUCCGUUCAUUCAGAUGUCCUACCAUAUUUUCUUUUUUUUUUUUUUUUUUUUUUUUUUUUGGUACACAGCUGCCCUGCUUUUCACAUUUAGUUCAGUAUUAGUAUGACAGUGGCCUGACCUGCAGGCAGCUUGGGCUCCACUUACCAUUUUAUUCACACCGGUACUGCUCACCUAGUAGCUUGCACAUCACUUGGAUUACAACUGUCAGAGACAGUGAAAGUAUGGAGGGAUAUCACAGAUUUAGGCCUUUUUGUAAAAAAAAAAAAAAAAUUGACGUAAAUAAUCAUUAGAUUGGUUCAUGUAGACUCGCCUAAACGAUGGGACCUGUACAUUUGUAAAACACUAAACAUCAAAGUGCAGAACUGCCUCAAAACAAGCAUUUUAAAAGCACAUAAAGAAACAACUGUGAUUGUACAUAACACACUGGCUUGGUUUGACAAUGCAAGUGUUUUGGACAGCAUGUAGCCUUUAGUGCAGUGAGUCUUUGCAGUGAGUAGCCUCAUAGAACGAGAAAUGUAGACGAAAGGAAUGUGUACUUAACUUUAACACACCACCCUGUUUAUUUUCUUUCUCUCUUUAACCUUUACUGAGUGCUAGUACAGUAUUUGCUUGAACAGAUCUCAUAUAUCUCAGCAUUCAAACAUUAACAAUAUUGUGUUGUUUAGUUUAGAAAUCAAAGCUCAUAACAGGAUUUUUGCCAUUUUUUAAAAUCAUCAUUUAUGAAUGUCUACGAUACACAAUCUUGCUUUGGUUUUGUUUGAUAUUUUUUUUGUUUGGUUAAUACUUGACUGUUACAUUGAAGACGAUGGUGCAAUGAAGUCAAAUGCGUUCUUCUGUCAAAAGGAAAACAGGGUGUUUGGUUACUGGUCCGGCUUGAAAACAUCCUGCUGUGUGAAGCUUGAUCCGCAUGUGAAGAGUCUGUAUAUGUGGGGGGAAAGUGUGAAACCGAAGUUGUGGUAAAUUUCAAAGAAUAUUAGGUAAAUUCAUUUACUUGACAAAUAGUUUAACAUGAUGAUUGUUCUUUAUAUUAGAUUAAAUAAAAGUGGAAUUUAAUGUGACCCCCCCCCCCCCCAAAAAAAAGAUCUUCACAUGUGGAGUUUAUUUUUGUUCAUCCUUGCACUCUCGUGGGCCAAGUUGUCAUAUUCUGAGACUUUGGAGCUACAGUAUUUGUUAUGAUUGUGUUUAACCGCUGUCUUUCCGUCCUCAUUUUGUUUAUGUGUAACUUAAAGGGCUAGAAAUUUCAAAGCCUUACCUCAAGGAUGUCACUCAGUUUCAUAAUGAUCCUUUUUUUUUUUUUUUUUUGAAACUGUCUGUGAAUUCUGCUUAUUUUGUGACAGAACUUGAUCAUGCUAAAACGGUUCAGAGUUUUCAUCUCUUGUUAAUUUAUCUCAUGAUGUAUAUACUGUGUUAGCACUAUUCUGCUUUUUAAUCAUCAAGGUAAUCAUUUCAUUAAUGCUCAGAUGUGUCAUUUUUAAAAUCCUGAAUCACGCCAACUCAUCCAUUCGCCAUCCAUCCUUACUGUGAUCAAAACCCAAGGUACUGAGAAGAAGGAGGUCAGUUUGUUUCAAAUAAACCGGUUGUUGAAGUAGAAAUGACAGUUAGUUACAUGAAUGUGAGAGUGUUUGAACCCCAGUGUGGAUUUUCUCCUAAUGCAGGUUGUAGUAACAUAAUUGAUUAUUAAAAUGUCAGCAAGUU